UACCAGGAAUACCAGGAAUGACCUCGUAAUGUUACGAGGCUGGUUGAAAGGAUGCGAUCCCGUUAGCCAAGCCCAGCUCGCCGUUCACACACAAUGUCCCUUUUCUUCGAUGUCAGUAUGUGUCUUGAGAAUGCGUCGGGCCACGCCAUUGGCGUCGUAAGUUGAAUAGUGGUGAAGCUGGAUCAGGUGCAAGGUCACCUGUCGGCACCACUGACAAUCCCAGGUGCGACUAACAGCACAUCGUAUGAUGCGUAAGAAUAAAUCCACCCAAGGUUUAAAUGCUUCGAAGCUCAGGGACAGCGCCUCGUAACUUGUUUACCGUUCACCGUCUAAAGUCUCGCAGCAACCACACUCCCACCCAGCCCUGUAAGUUAACUAUGCCACCUCUACCCCUAGUGAGACCACUGGUAAGACCAGCGGCAUUAGCCACUGGAAUGCCGUCGCUCAUUUGUCGCACGUGGGUACGUCCCUUCUCCGGCGUCGCGGCCGCUCGGACGCCGAGGAGCCCAUGCCGUCGUCUCAACCCCACCACUAGCGGUGACCCCUCCACCCCAAUCCUCCUCAAACUUUUCCCCUCCAGGUCCUCCAGCUUCCCCAGAUCAUCCACACAACUCUUCGCAAGACAAUUGAACACUAUGGCUCCCGCCAAGGAAUACUCCCUCUUCUGCCUGGAGAACCCUCUGCUUGACAUCCAGGCGUACGGUGACCAGACCCUCCUUGACAAGUAUGACCUGAAGGAGAACGAUGCUAUCCUCGCCGAGGAUAAGCACAUCCCCCUCUACGAGGACCUCCUCAACAACUACGAUGCCAAGCUCAUCGCCGGCGGUGCUGCCCAGAACAGCGCCCGAGGUGCCCAGUACAUCCUCCCCCCCAACAGUGUCGUCUACGUCGGCGGUGCCGGUGACGACAAGUAUUCCGCCAUCCUCUACGAUGCCGUCAAGGCCGCUGGCCUGCGAGUCGAGUAUCGCGUCGACCCCAAGGAGAAGACUGGCCGCUGCGGCGCCAUCAUCACCGGCCACAACCGAUCCCUUUGCACCGACCUGGGUGCCGCCAACCACUACGACCUCGACCACCUGAAGAAGCCCGAGAUCUGGAGCCUGGUUCAGAACGCCGAGGUCUACUACGUCGGUGGCUUCCACUUCACUGUCUGCCCUCCUGCCAUCAUGGAGCUUGCUAAGCAGGCUGCCGAGCACAACAAGACCUUCGUCCUCUCCCUCUCUGCCCCCUUCAUCCCUCAGUUCUUCAAGGAGGUCGUCGAUGCCAGCGCCCCCUACUGGGACUACGUCAUCGGCAACGAGACCGAGGCCGCCGCGUACGCCGAGUCCCACGGCCUUGACAGCAAGGAGCCCAAGGACGUCGUCAAGCACCUCGCCAACCUCCCCAAGGUCAACACCCAGAGGAAGCGUAUUGCCAUUGUCACACAGGGCACUGACGCUACCCUGGUUGCCAUCCAGGGCGAGGACGCCAUCCACGAGUUCCCUGUCCACGCCAUUGAUACGGAGAAGAUCAACGACACCAACGGUGCUGGUGAUGCCUUCGCCGGUGGUCUCCUGGCUGGUAUCAUUGAGGGCAAGUCCCUCGAGACCAGCAUUGACAUGGGCCAGUGGCUUGCACGACUCAGCAUCCAGGAGCUUGGGCCUUCGUAAGUUCUCAAAAUUUCCUUGUUUGCAUUUCACUGCUACCUAUGUCUCCCUACGACAUCCGUGGCGUCUCGGCAGGGCGCCGGUCCCUAAC